GUCUCGCCCCGCCCCGCCCCGCGCGCCAAGUUAAGUUCUUUGGGAGGAGAGGAGGGGAGGGGAGGCCGUCCGCGCCGCAUGGAUCAGGGUCUCCGCUGGAGGUGCCGCCGCCUCCGCCGCCUCGACGAGCUGCGGUUCUUGGGGUUCUGGGACCCGCGCGCCGUCGCCGGAGCGCCGGGAUCUCCGACCCGCUUUCUCUGAGGAUUUCCUUCUCUCUCUCUCUCUCUUCCUUUCUCUCUUCUUGGUUCAGUGCUACAGCUCCCAGCUUCUUGCGCAGCUGUGUGUGCAGCUGCCUGCUUGCUUUCUUUCUUUCUGGGUAGGUGGGUGUGUGUGGGUGGAGUGGAGUUGGGUGGCAGGAGGGCCUCGCAAUUUAUUGCGAGCUUGUCUCCUCCUCGGUAAAGGAGGAGGAGGAGGAGGAGAGGGGAUUGUUCUUGCCUGAAUCUGACUUGUUCUUGCUCAGACGAACGAAGAGCCCAGUACCAAUUUGAGGUGGUUCAGUUACUUCGUGCUCCUGUCUUGCCCCCACCCCACACAAAUUCAACCAUCUUGGAGCAAUUUGGGGGCGUCAAAGAUCGUGUUUUGUCUCCUUGUUGUUCGAGGCGAGCUCCUUGGGGUGUGUGUGCAGAAGCGGUCUUGGUGUAGCAGUUAUUUGGCCUGCCAGUUUUGGGAGAUGGCUGGGAGGAGGAGGAGGAGCAGGAAGCUGAAGCUCAGCGAAUUGUACGCCUUUGCGCUGUGCAGCAAGGGAUCCACCGAGGACCAUUCUUCGCGGAUUGGGACGGCGGGGUUCUCCAGAGUUGUCUAUGUCAACGAGCCCGAGAGGCAUGAAGAGGAGGGCUUGAGAUACCACCCAAACGAGGUGUCGACGACCAAGUACAGUCUGGUGACUUUCAUUCCCAAGUCCCUCUUUGAGCAGUUCAGGAGGGUGGCCAACUUCUACUUCCUGGUCUCGGGCAUCCUCGCCUUGACCCCGCUGGCGCCGUACACCGCGGUCAGCGCUCUCCUGCCGCUGUGUAUUGUGAUCGCGGCGACAAUGGGGAAAGAAGGCGUCGAGGAUUGGCGGAGGAAACAGCAGGAUCAUGAACUCAAUAAUCGGAUAGUAAAGGUGCAUAGAGGCAAUGGGAAUUUUGAAGAGACAAAAUGGAAGGAUAUCAAAGUUGGUGAUGUAAUAAAGGUGGAGAAGGAUAAUUUUUUUCCUGCCGACUUGAUUCUACUUUCAUCUAACUAUCCGGAUGGAAUCUGUUAUGUAGAGACUAUGAACCUUGAUGGUGAGACGAAUUUGAAAAUUAAGCAAGCUCUUGAGGUGACAUUGCAUUUGGAAGAGGACAGUAGUUUCAUAAAUUUUAGACAGACGAUUAAAUGCGAAGAUCCAAAUGCAAAUCUCUAUUCUUUUAUCGGUACUAUGGAAUGGAGAGACAAGCAGUACAAUCUGUCACCACACCAACUUCUUCUUCGAGACUCGAAACUAAGGAACACAGAUUACAUAUAUGGUGCUGUGAUCUUCACAGGCCAUGAUACAAAAGUAAUGCAAAAUGCAACUGACCCACCAUCGAAAAGAAGCAAAAUUGAGAAGAAAAUGGAUGAAAUCAUUUAUCUGCUGAUGUCUUCACUACUCUUAAUUGCAUUACUUGGUUCAGUAUUGUUUGGUAUCUGGACCAAAGAAGACUUAAUGAAUGGCGAGAUGAAACGGUGGUAUCUUCGGCCAGAUCGUUCGUCUGUCUUCUUUGAUCCAAAGCGAGCAGCUCUGGCUUCUUUCUUCCAUUUGUUGACAGCCUUGAUGUUGUACAGCUACUUCAUCCCAAUCUCUUUGUACAUAUCUAUUGAGAUGGUCAAGAUAUUGCAGGCUCUAUUCAUCAACUCGGACAUUGAAAUGUAUCAUGAAGAAUCAGAUAAGCCAACCCAUGCUCGUACUUCGAAUCUAAAUGAGGAACUGGGUCAAGUUGAUACAAUUCUUUCUGAUAAGACUGGGACAUUGACAUGUAAUACGAUGGAGUUCAUUAAGUGUUCGAUUGCUGGCAUUGCCUAUGGUAAGGGUGUCACAGAAGUUGAGAAAGCUAUGGCUCUAAGGAAAGGGGCCAUGUUAGGUGAUGAUAUACAGAAUGAUGAUAUAAAAGCAGAGAACAUAGAAAAAAUAACUGACAAAAGUGAAAUUACUCAUGUUAAAGGAUUUAAUUUCAAGGAUCCACGUAUUAUGGAUGGAAACUGGAUUCGUGAGCCGAAUAGUGAUAUGAUUAGGGACUUUUUCCGUCUGCUAGCCAUCUGUCAUACAUGUAUACCUGAAGUGGAUGAAGAAACUAAUAAGGUGUCAUAUGAAGCUGAGUCCCCUGAUGAAGCUGCAUUUGUAAUUGCAGCAAGAGAGUUGGGGUUUGAGUUUUAUCGUAGGACACAGUCAAGUAUAACUGUUCGUGAGCAUGAUCUGAUUACAAAUACUGUAAAAGAUAGAAAGUAUGAGCUCCUGAAUGUAUUGGAAUUCACUAGUUCACGGAAACGGAUGUCUGUGAUAGUCAAGGAACCAGAGGGAAGGAUAUUACUUCUCAGCAAGGGCGCUGAUAGUGUUAUGUUCAAGAGGCUUGCACCAUCUGGAAGAAAAUUUGAGGAAGAGACUAAAAGGCACAUAAAUGAGUAUUCUGACUCAGGCUUAAGAACCUUGGUUCUUGCGUACCGUGUCUUGGAUGAGAACGAGUACAUGCAAUUCAGUGAUAAAUUCAACACUGCCAGAACAUCUGUAAGUGCUGACAGAGAUGAAAAAGUUGAGGAGGCUGCUGACAGCAUCGAGCAGAACUUGCUUCUUCUCGGUGCCACUGCUGUUGAAGAUAAGCUCCAGAAAGGGGUACCUGAAUGCAUAGACAAACUUGCACAAGCUGGAAUCAAGAUAUGGGUCCUGACAGGUGACAAAAUGGAGACAGCUAUCAAUAUUGGCUUUGCAUGUAGCUUACUUAGACAAGGGAUGACACAAACAAUUGUUACGCUGGAAGCACCUGACAUAAUUGCAUUGGAGAAAACUGGAGACAAGUAUUCAAUUGCAAAAGAAUCAAAGCAAAGGGUAAUGGAUCAAAUAGAGGAUGGAAUCAAACAAAUUCCACCCCCAAGUCAGUUAAGUACUGAAUCCUUCGCACUGAUCAUUGAUGGUAAAUCAUUAACAUAUGCCUUGGAAGAUGAUGUCAAAUUUAAGUUCUUGGAUCUUGCUUUGAAGUGUGCCUCUGUUAUUUGUUGUCGAUCUUCACCAAAGCAGAAGGCAUUGGUUACAAGACUGGUUAAACGUACAGAUAAAGUGACAUUAGCAAUUGGUGAUGGGGCUAAUGAUGUUGGCAUGCUCCAGGAAGCUGAUAUAGGUGUUGGCAUUAGUGGUGUUGAGGGAAUGCAGGCUGUCAUGGCAAGUGAUUUUGCAAUUGCUCAAUUCCGCUUCCUGGAAAGGUUGCUGCUUGUUCAUGGGCAUUGGUGUUAUCGUCGCAUUUCAGUGAUGAUAUGCUAUUUCUUCUACAAGAAUGUGACUUUUGGAGUCACUAUCUUUCUCUACGAAGCAUUUGCAUCUUUCUCAGGGAAGCCAGCUUAUAAUGACUGGUUUUUAUCACUAUACAAUGUCAUUUUCACUUCUCUCCCUGUCAUUGCGUUGGGAGUAUUUGACCAAGAUGUGUCUCAAAGGCUGUGUCUGCAGUAUCCAGGGCUCUACCAAGAAGGUGUGCAGAAUAUAUUGUUCAGUUGGUGCCGGAUACUUGGCUGGAUGCUUAAUGGCAUAAUCAAUGCCAUCUUAAUCUUUUACUUCUGCACUACUGCCUACGGGAUCCAGGCAUUCCGUCAGGAUGGCCAAGUCGCUGGCUUGGAUGCCCUAGGAGUUCUGAUGUACACUUGUGUGGUAUGGGUAGUGAACUGCCAAAUGGCACUCUCUGUGAACUACUUCACAAUAAUCCAGCACAUAUUCAUAUGGGGCAGCAUUGCUGUAUGGUACCUCUUCCUCUUGGCCUAUGGUGCUGUGGACCCGAGGUUCUCAAAAUCAGCCUACAUGGUCUUCAUUGAACAAAUGGCUCCAGCACUUUCAUAUUGGUUGGUGACACUUUUUGCUGUGAUGGCAACACUCAUCCCUUACUUUAGCUAUGCCGCAAUCCAGAUCCGCUUCUUCCCUAUGUUCCAUAACAAGAUUCAAUGGAAAAGAUACUUGGGGAAGGCUGAAGAUCCAGAGGUGGCAAGACAAUUGUCAUCGCGACACCGGACAUCGUCACACCAGAGGAUGGUUGGCAUCUCUGCUCGCCGUGAUGGCAAGGCUAUGCAAAUAACGAAGGAAACCGAAUUACAAGUUCAGGGAUAAUUUUUUCUUCCCUUUAGAUUUUGUGUCCUUGUACAGCUUAUAGGAUGUUGUUGUCCUGAAAAAUGACUAAUUGGAACUCGGGGACAUUCUUGGAUUGUUGCUUCUGUGAUGUUUGUGGAGUUUUAGUGUAGACAGAGCAAGGCCUGAAUAUUUCGUAGAUAGACCACAGGAUGACCAAGAGAGCACCUGAUGUAAAGUUUAAAUUUAGGGUGGUGUAUUAUUUUCUUUUCUUUCAUACCUCUAGAUGUAUGUAACUUGAUGGUAGAAUUUCAUUUUGUUUUAUGCCUUUUUUACUCCCCCUUACCUGCUAUCCCUCAAGUGUAUUGUAAACAAAUAGUGGUAAGGAUUGUGAUGAAAUAAUGACUGCCUCCAGUCUUUAAUUGGAAUGGAUCGUACAUGGAAGUAUGUUGAAAUAAACGUGUGGAUUUGGGCA